AUGGCGACGCAGACCUCCACGACCACAGCUUACCAGCUGGAACAGCUCCCCAAAGGCCCGGCAGAUCGUGCCGGCGGUACAACCCUGCGCCAGGCUCGUUCGGCGCACCAUGAAGUCGACCCCUCCGACUCCGAUCUCGACCCCGUGCUUGAAGCCUCUCGCAUCGCCGACAGCACGGUACCGGAUGGCGGGUACGGCUGGGUCGUCAUAUCGGCAUGUGCCAUUGUUGGCUGGUGGUUCUCCGGCGUCAACUACAGCUGGGGUGUCAUGCAAGGCGCCCUUGUCGAGCGUGGCGUCGGGUCCGCCUCGGUGCUCUCCUUCUGCGGCGCUUUGUCACCAGCUCUGAUGGCAUCCCUGGCCAUCAUCAAUGCGCGCGUUGUUCGCUCGCUUGGAACCCGCAAGCUGGCUCUCAUGGGUAUCUUCUUUGUCGGCAUGUCGCAGAUCGGCGCCAGCUUCGUGACGCAUAGCACCGUGGGCUUGUUCUUCCUGCCCGGUGCCCUGCUUGGACUGGGCAUGAGCUUUUGUUUCAUGGCCGUGACUGUGACGCCUGCGCAAUACUUCUCGAGGAAGCGAGGGCUGGCCAACGGAAUCGUGUACGCUGGCGGCGGCUUCGGGGCAGCCGUGCUGAGCAUCGCAACCAACGCCAUGAUUGAACGAUAUGGUGUUGAGUGGGCGUUCCGAAUCAUUGGCAUUGUAUGCUUCUCGACGGGAUUCCCGGCGGCCUACAUGAUCAAGGAGCGCAUUCCCAUUCAGACCUCUGGCUUCAUUGACUGGAAGCUUUUCCGACAGGGCAGCUUUAACAUCAUUUUCGUUGCUGGCGCGAUUGGUGUCUUCCCGCUCCUCGUCCCGCCUUUCUUUAUCCCGUUGUAUGCACGCUCGAUGGGAUUGAGCACGAGCACCGGAGCAGCUUUGCUGGCCGGCUAUAACUUUUCGUCAGCAAUUGGUCGAAUUAUCAGCGGUCACUUGUGUGACAUUCUUGGUCCCUUGAAUACGCUAUUCGCCUUCCUCGCCAUCAACUCCCUGACCAUGAUUGCGCUCUGGCCAGCCUCGACGACGCUUGCUCCGUUGGCCGCAUUUGCCGUUAUGAAUGGUCUGACAAACGGCGGGUUUUUUGCGUCAAUGCCAACGUGCAUUGGCAACAUCUUCGGUUCGGCCCGUGUGUCGACUGCCAUGGGCAUGAUCGUCACGGGGUGGGUCGGAGGCUAUCUUUUCGGCUCUCCCAUUGCAGGGUACCUGCUCGACGCGUAUGGCGGCGCAGAUGAGGGCUUGAAGGCGUACCGCCCUGCCAUGUUCUAUGCCGGAUCAGUGUCGUUGGUGGCCACAAGUCUGAUUUUGUUGAUGCGGCUGCGUAUCAACAAGAAGCCGUGGGCCAAGGUGUGA